CUUCAUUUGUAAAUAUGAGUGCGGAUGGACCUGUUGUCAACGUACACGUGCUGUUCUUUGCUAAAUCCCGUGAAUUAGCAAAUACUCCUCGUUCUAAAGUGGAUGUACCGACCGAAGUUACUGCCUCUGAUUUACUAGAUCAACUAGUGUCCAGAUUUGGACUGACAUCUAUUCGGGAUAACUUGAUUUUGGCCCACAACGAAUCAUACAUUGAGAACCUGAGUGACAAGAUUCUGUUUAAAGAGGGAGACGAACUGGCCGUCAUUCCUCCCCUAAGUGGAGGCUAA